GGGGCUCAGAGCCGGGCGGCAGCAGGUGGCCGCGCUCCGCUUCGGGCUCCGCGCUCCGCUCCGCUCCGCUCCGCACCGCCUCGCUUCGCCCCGCCGCCUCGCCGAGGCCCCCGCCGCAGCCAAGACGCCGCGGGCCGUGCUCCGAGUGAAGAAUGGGGCGGCCAAGCUGGCCAAACCGCCGGCGGCGGCGGCGGGUGAAACCCCCGGAGGUGCCCCCGGCUCCGGGCUCUUCAUGGAGCGGUCGCAGAGCCGCCUCAGCCUCUCCGCCUCCUUCGAGGCCUUGGCCAUCUACUUCCCCUGCAUGAACAGCUUCGACGAGGAGGACGCGGAUGGGGAUGGUCGGAGACUCAAAGGAGCCAUCCAAAGGAGCACAGAAACAGGGCUGGCUGUGGAAAUGCCCAGCCGGACCGUGCGCCAGGCCAGCCAUGAAUCCAUUGAGGACAGCAUGAACAGCUAUGGAUCGGAGGGAAACUUGAAUUUCAGUGGAGUCCAUCUGGCAUCUGCUGGGCAGUUCAGUGACUUCCUGGGCAGCAUGGGCCCUGCACAGUUUGUUGGGCGUCAGACCUUGGCCACCACCUCGAUGGGGGAUGUGGAAAUUGGCUUGCAAGAACGAAAUGGGCAGCUAGAAGUGGAUAUCAUUCAAGCUCGAGGACUCACACCGAAACCCGGCUCCAAAACACUGCCAGCUGCUUACAUCAAAGCUUACCUGUUAGAGAAUGGCGUGUGCAUUGCGAAAAAGAAGACAAAAGUGGCUCGCAAGUCAUUAGACCCUUUGUACAAUCAGGUGUUACUGUUUCCUGAGAGCCCCCAGGGCAAAGUAUUACAGGUGAUAGUCUGGGGAAACUACGGCCGCAUGGAGCGCAAGCACUUCAUGGGAGUCGCAAGGGUCCUCCUGGAAGAACUGGAUCUGUCAACUUUAGCAAUUGGCUGGUACAAGCUCUUCCCAACCUCCUCAAUGGUGGAUCCCACUACAGGCCCGCUCCUGCGCCAGUCCUCGCAGCUUUCCCUGGAGAGCACAGUGGGACCCUGCUGUGACAGGUCUUAGUGAGUAAGGAAGGGGGAACUGCUUUUGUUUUUUAAACAUGCUGUCAAGGUUUUGUUUGCUGGAACUCUGACCUCAAGCGCAAUGCAUGUUCAAUCAGUUCUUGUGGAGCUGGAAGAGGAGGAUAAACCAGUGACCUUAGACAGAAGACAAGGGGGAGGGUGCUGUACCCUCUCAGUUGGAGGAGGUGCCGUGGGGCAUGAGUCCUAGUUGUCAAAUUAGACAUACACCUCUUGUUUCGCUUCUCUCGCUGUCAUUCUUGGACCCUUGUUUCAGAUCAGCAUUAACUCUGGAAAGUUGCAGCAUUUGAAAAAUCUGGGGGGAGUAAGGAAGGUAUUUUUCCUAGCUGUGCAUCUUCCAAAUUUCUUAGGCAGAUUCUUUCUCAAAGUACCUGAAAAAUGCAGAGGCCAAUAUCUGACCUAGAAAGAGCAAGAGCAGAAAGUUUCAGAGGGAGUAUGAGUUUUUCCUAAGAUCUUAUUGAAGGAAGAAAAAAGAAAGAAACCUGUAAUUCUUUCUUUAGUAUCAAUUCCACAUCGCUGAAUCCUGUAGCACUGUCACUGCUGUGUUUUCAAACUGUGCCAAAUUACCAGCAAGUGUCUUUCCUGUAUUACUUGUGUAACACUGCUGAUGAAGCAUACUUGGUGGGAGAAUAAGUGCCUGCUUAGACCAGGCAGUUUGAACAGAGUUUGAGUUUAGCAGUCUAAUUAUCUGCAAUUUUGCUCAGAAAAAAAGCCCCACCAAACCACUGGAGGCGGGAGCUGAGCAUCAGACUUGCAGCUUGAAAUAUGCUUUAUACCUUUACACCCUCACUUGUUGCUCUGCAUCCUUCAGUCACAUCUUCUAUCUCGUGCUCUUCUUUCAUCUCCUUUGUAGCAGUAUAUACCUGCUGGAGAUGCUGCCCUUCCUGUUAUGCUAUUGGCUGACCUGAAACGGGGCUUUUUAUUCUGCCACAGGAGAAUGAGACUUUGGGGGGGUGCAGACAAAAGAAAUUUGAGUCUGUCACCUGACAGGAAGGUGCUGAGAGCACAUAACCUCCCUCAUGGAAAGAACGUUGCUUUAGGCACUCUCAGUAAUACGCAAGCAUUGUCAAAUGCCCUGAAAGAAGAGAUGCUGUCCCCAGAGUAUGAACCAGUAGUGGGUGAGGAAGCAGAAGGCACAGUGGUCACAGCAUGUAUAUUUCAUUUAAGUGCAACGCUAACUGGAAAGGAGCCUUGUAGGUGAACCUGUGAAGCACAUUCUCUGCCAGAAGAGUCACGUGCUAGAGAAAGGCAAGUUAGAUCCUUCACACAAUUAAAAUCUUCUCUUUUAAAACACUUUUUGUCCAAAAUAAUCAACAAUCUCCAAAGAUUUCCUGCUAACAGCUAGAUUUUUUUGUCAUAAUUCUUAGUGAGGAUUUGGCGAUUGCACUUUCAAAAUAAGCUUUGGAGAUGUUUUACUUUGUGAUUUAAAGGUGAAGGUCCCGUAUCAUGUUUAGGAGUGAGCAGAUCUUCAGCCUCUCACUGGGGCACACAGAGCAUUUAUUUCUGCAUGCGGACCUCAGCUUUGUUAGAAUAAAAGCAUGACUGUAGGGUGGAUGGUGAGAGCAGUUGCUUUUGAUCCAAGCUUGUAUGUGGCAUUUUAAAUCAUUUUGAGAUAAAUUACUGAAUAGAUACAAAACAAAUAGGCCUUACAAUAAUGUCUGUAAAAUUGAUAUGAUAUAAAGGAGAGAGAAGGUGCAGAAGGGACAUAGAAGGAAUGGGUUUUUAAGUGGCAAAAGCCUCAGCAUUUCAGCUAAAUCUCUUAAUUUCCUUGAAGAAAUAUGUCUCUGGCCUCUCACUAAUUAUUUUUUCUGAUCGUAUUAGACAAUUUCUAUAUAUUAGCUGAAGAAAGUUUGUUGCAUGCUGGUCAAACUAUGUUGUGGCGCUCAUUUUUUAAAGAAGCACAUUUACUGUAAUUCAAGUCAGCAUCCUUUCCUCUUGGUAUGUAGUGAGUACUAGGCAAUAUUGUACAAUACGUGUAUGAACUAGAAUAGAUUAGGUAGAUUUAGUGGUUUGUAGCACCGGAUCUUUUAAUAACUACGUCUUUAAAAGGACUGUGGGGAACUCUGAGUACGUUCCAAACCUGGCAACUGAGAAACGGGGCUUCUGUUCUGAGUAGUGCUGAACAAUUCCUAUUGGAGACUGUUUGACGUUAUCUCCUGGUAACAGCCAGUUGGUCAGCUUUGUCCUCCGUCAGUAAGGUGAACGCAACACUGCAGUCUUUUAUGUGGAAUACGAGACCGUAUAUGCCAGAAAAAAAUCCCUAUGAAAUAUUAUUUAAUGACUGUCCAUUGGAAAGCUCAGUUCCUCUCUGUGCCUGGCAACGUGUCUCUAAAUCCCAUCCCUCUAACAGCGCCUCAAGCUCAAAGAUAACUGGUGUCAUUAAAACAGGACUCAACACAGAGCAGUGUCCACCAUCUAUUUGUGGUCAUUCUGGAAGUUUGUUGUCAGGGUAAAAAAAAAAAAGGACAACAAAAAAAGGCACUUCCGCUCGUGUUGUUUCUAUUAGCAACCCAAAUUCUGCAUUUUGAGGUCAUUCUGACAGUCUGCUUUGGACUGUUUUCUUCUGCCUUGUUCCCUGGUUGGUGGUAGCCUGAUUCUCCCUUGUGUUUGAAGUCAAUUCCAAGUCCUGUUUCUCCGCAGUAAGUGAUGGUCGCAAGCUCUGGCUGCCAGGCCCAGAAAGGUGAUACAGUCCUGGUGGUUCUCCUUUGUAAGGCAGAUGGACUCACAGGAGCCCUUCCAGGAGUGCCCUCAGGGCACAGUGUCAGGUCAGGCUGUCACGUUGCCCAGGUCUCAAUUCUGGCUUCACUCAUGCCCAUGAUUCCUGCACUGACCAUGGCAUAUUGCAGUUAAAAAUGAAGUCUAGUUUUCCAUCAGUGUUAAGACUCCCCAUGUAGCAUCCAUGGCAAAUCUUGGGCUUGGAAUGGCUUCUUUUUAUAAAACCUAACCCCUUAUUUACUUUUGAAUUUGAUCUGCCAGUUUCUGUCUAAGGUGGUGUGAUGUGCUGGUUGUGAUUACCAAUGUGUUGGAGCAGUUUGCCAGGGUGGUUAUAAUCAGGGAGAGAAGAAGAGCAGGAGACUUUUAACGUAAGCAAAAGAAGCCAUCAUAGUGCUUUUGGUCUGUAAGUGCUGAUGAAGGAUGAGGCUGAGGAGAGUAUCUGUCCUGCACAAGGUUGGUUCCCUGCUCCUUGUGCAUUAGAUGCUUUGUUCUAGCAGUAGCAGGAAGGUUGCUUGCAGGAAAGAGCUGGAGAGCUGAUCCCUGUUACCUCUAUUACUGUUACUGUGGGAAACAAAGGGACUCGUGGUGCUGAGCGCAUCUCUGAGGCAGAGCCAUCUCUCCCCAUGUACCCCAGCACACCAGAGCCCCUCACGUGGCUCUUGCUCCCUUGGGCUGAGCAGAACAUGGCCACGUUUCUUCAGGCAGCAAUGCGAAUUCUCCCGGUCUCCCGGUGUUGCUUUCCCUUUGCCCCAGCACGGCUGGGAUGCCAUAGAGACAACACAAGAUCCUCAUUCUGCAGUUCAAUGCACGGGUCCUCAUCCUGUGUCCACAUCCACGUGGGCAGGCAGAGUAAGGGCCCGCUGACUCUCAGUCAGCCAAGCACAUCCCCACUUCUUGGUGUGGAUUGCUGCACAGAUUCUUGCAGAAUUAUUUGCUUUGGAUGAUGAUGUGUAUUUAAUGUUUCUAGCUACCAGAUCCUUUAUCGCCGUACUGUUCUAUAUGGGCAGGUCUUCUGGAGUCAGAAUAUCAGGGCUCCUCCUGUACAGGGGCUGUUUUUAAGACGUUGAGGCAGUUAACAGAAUCUCAACCUAAGCAUGUUUAGUAACGUUUAGACAGCAAGACAACUUUUUUAUGAGACUCAUUUUAAGUUAGUUUAUUAUUACAUGCUGUUAGUAAUAUUUUAAAACAGGAAAAAUAUUUUUCUUUAAAGACAAGAUGAUGUAUGUUUUUUAACAGAUAGCAUCAUUUAGCGUUUUCAAAGAUGUUUAUUGUCCUCAAUAUGGGGUUUACUCAUCCUUUUCAUUUCUGCGUUCCUCGUUAUAUUUUUACCACCCUUUUUUUCUUCCAAAAGAAAAGAGAUGUGUGUAAAUAACCACUGGAGAAAGAGUCCUAUAGGGAAUUCUGUUCAAACUGACCAUAAGAUCCUUAGUAAAUAUUUGUCAUUGUUCACGAACUCUCAGCUAUUAUUCGAGCCUUUGUUGAAAGAAAUAAUUGAUGUUGUAUUUUCAAGAUGAAAACGACUUAGCUAGUUUUGUCAUAAUCCUGUACUCUGUAUAAAAAUCUUUUUAUAAAGAAAGUCUACUAGGCUAACAAGCAAUAAUAUAUUCCACUUGGUGUGCACAGGUUGUGACUCGCAGGCUGUAGUACAUAUUGUUGGUACAGUUUAUAUAAUUGUCUUCAAUCUUAAUGACAUCACUUUUGAGAAAGGUCCGUAUUAACUUUGAUUGUGAACCUGAAGGUUGGGCUGUUGCCUUGUAAGAAAUAUUCAUCGUGUAGGCUUCUCUGUGAGUAUAUGUGCCCAUUAACAUGAAAUCUCUCUUAGGUGAAGAAUGAAACAGCUGUAGGCGACUUCAUACUGCAGAGUUUAAAAAUAGUUUCAAUAUAAACUUAAUGACUGUUUCAAGCGCCCUGUUUUUCUUAGGCUAUUUAGUAUUUAUAACUCAAUGAGAACGGUUCCCACUGCCACUGUAGCCCUGAUAAAGCAAAAAAACCUUUGCACUCUGGGCCGCGUGAGUUCUGCCCCAUAGCUGCCUGUUUGCCUCGAGGCAGCGCGGGCAAGAAAAAGGGAGUUUAUUUCAGAGCAGCAGAUUGAACUGCUCUCAUUUAAAGGCUCUGUGGGUUGUUUUGUCAAUUUCAUAGAUGGCAUUUGUCCCUUUUGUUAGAAAAUUCCACCCAAGGCAGCGAAAUUGCACCUUCAUAGAGGAUCAUGGGGGACUGAUGUGUAAAUGGGAGCGGGCUGCUCUGGGCUGUCCUUCAGCGAGUGAUGCUGAGCACAGCGAAAGAUUUUUCUGUGAUGGCAGGGUCAGGAUACUGGAUUUUAAGUCAGCUCUAUCGUUGUUGUGGUACCUAAAAUAGAGCAGCUUCAGAGCAGCAUCCCGCUCGGUUGCCUGUGGCCCAUCUUUGCAUUGUUUGGAGGUUGCCACCUGCCAGCUGUGCAGUGGUGCUGGAAGCCCUAAUGGGUAAUGAGAGAAAUAAUUCACAGCUGAUUGUGAAAUGCUUGGAGGAUAAAGAGCCAUGUGGAUGCUUUGCCAUCAGCAGAGCAGUCCAUGGGAACACUCACAUUCUAAUUGGUGUCCGUGUGUGUGCAGCCACAGUGCUCCCCCCUGGGGGUCACCUAGGCUGCCUGCCCGCCAUGACAGGGAACUUCCUGCAGCCCCAGCCCAGCCCCAGCCACUCGCACACAGCAGCAACAUCAGGCUCUGUCCUCAGGAGUCUCAGGCAUUUCCCACGGCGUGGACGCCUUCUGCCCUCCUUUCCCUUUGGUAGCUGCUCUUGUCCUAGUGGAAGAGAGGAACAAGAGAGUUCCUUGUAGCAUUUGGUUCUUUGCACUUUAGCAACCAAAUAUGAGGAGGAGCCAGCACCAGCCCCUUACGGAGCACCAGCAAACAGAGGCUGAGACCUAAUACUUUUCCCUUCAUGCCUUCCCAGGAGCUGAGUUGGCAGCCAGCACCGUGUGGUUAAACUGUGCUGAGCUGGGCCAGCGGGCAGCUUUGUGUUGAUGCAGCACGUCAGGAAUCGUGCGGCCCCCAGCUCAGAGAGGAGAGAGCUUUGUCCUGCAGGAAGGAUGCAUGGACACACAGCAUGUGGGAGGGGUUUAGGCAGGAGCACCCCAAGGUAGGACUCAGGGCAUGCCUGCUCCAGGGCUUGGUUUUUAGUUGCUUGGGCUCCAUGGAUUCAGAUAGCUGCCCAUAGGGCUCCAGCUCCCGAUGGGUCUUUACAUCUUGCAGCAUUCUUUCCUUGGGGCUGUUGUUCCUUACCCAGUGCUGCUCCCUGGUUUCUAUUUUGGUGAUUCCAUCUCCUGGACCUAAAGCUGCUUUGAGCUUUAUUUGGAGCAAAUCUGUGGUGUGUGCCCUCAGCCGUGUGGUGCUGGGAGCUGCAGGCUGUUCUCUGGUUCAGGUGGCAAUUGGACCUCAAGGCCCCAGCACAGUAUUACUGUGGCCCUACCACCACCCAGGGGCAAGUGUCCCAGCCACGUUUUGUGGCAGUGCUGAGCUCAGAACACAGGGUAACUCCAUGCCAAGUCUGGUUGGAGCUGAGGGUCUUGCAGGCUCUUUGCAGCCCAUGCCAUACAGUACAGCCAGCUGGGAGAAAGCAGGGAUGGGAGGAGCUGCCUCUGUGCUGGCUUUUGCUUUCCACUGCUCCCUGUGUGCGUUCUCCCUUCCCUCUCAACACGAGGCCUUACUCCAGCCCACAGGCCCAAGGAUGCCUGCAGCCCCUCUUUGCACUGCGGCAUCCAUCCCAUGCUGCUGGGCAGCCCGCAGAGCUGGCCUCUGCGUAGGGACGGGGCUGUCCUCCCAGCAUCAACCUACAGUGGGCUGCUGCCUCCGUGUGCCCCCAGGGAAAGCUGCUUCCAUUGGGUCCAACCUUUUUACAUCAUCAGUUGCUCCAGAAAACAACAAACAAUAGCUUGGCAGGGGCACCAUGCAGUUGCUACCUUCUCCUCUCGCCUUCCUGUAGGAGAGUGGGAGCUUCUCCAAAGCAUUUGGAGAUUUUUAAUGCAGCCCGCUGAGCUCUGAUCCCACAGAGCUGGAGGGGACACCAGGACGGGCAGUGUUGGCCCUGCUCCUUCCCAGGGGCAUUAAGGUGUAGGGCUGCCUUGGGUGGAAGUGUGGGACACCACAGCGGUGUGCUGCGGCUGUGGGCAAAGGAGGGUUGUGCUGUACUUCUUUCCUGUCUGUAGGUUUAAUUCAGAUGAUAUGUGAUGAUUGAGUGAUUUACAAUUCAGUGUUAAGCUAAUGAAAACAUUGAUAAUGGUGACAAUAAAAACCUUGUUUUUUUUUA